AUGUGGGUCAAUGUGGAAAGAUUCAAAAGACGAAGAAAAAGAAAUGAGAAAAGAGGCGAGAAAGUUUUUCAUCAUGCGGGAGAAGUUUGGAAUGGGGGGAGAAGCGCCAGCCGACUGACAGCGUCAAAUUACGGCGAACGUAGAGAAUGA